CAACAAAGUUACCACUUACCACCACCCCAAGAAGAAUCAUCAUGUCUCCCGUAGCAUGUGGGACGGUCAUCUUCCCAAGCUAAUGACCCUGCUGCUGCAAGUCUUUGUUAAUCAAUUUUCAAAUGACAAGCCAAACCCAAUUUUCAAAUGAACCAUUGCCUCCAUACUUUCAGCCUUUCCUUAACUGCUGCCUAGCUCAGUUUCACAGUCUGGAACCUCCUCAAUCACAUGAGUAAAAAUUGAUUUCUGAAACUGCCUUCAACUCCUCCUCCUCCUCCUCUUCUUCAUUCGGAUUCAUGUCUGCGCUUCCGACAGGUGAGUACGAGGUUUUCCUAAGUUUCAGAGGCCCCGAUGUGCGCACAACCUUCGCCGACCAUCUCUACAGUUGUCUGGCUCGUUCCAGAAUCCGAACCUUCAGGGAUGAGGAAGAGCUUCGUAAAGGGGAGACCAUUGCACCAUCUCUCAUUCAGGCUAUAUGUGAAUCCAAGAUUCACAUCCCAAUUCUAUCACAGAGUUAUGCUUCUAGCAAAUGGUGUCUCCAAGAGCUAGUUCAGAUGGUCAGGUGUCUGAAGAGAGAGAAGGGGCACGUCAUACUUCCCAUUUUCUAUUUUAUCGAUCCCAGGGAUGUGAGGCGUCAAGAAGGACCUUUCAAAGAGGCAUUUGAGCUGCACAGUCAGAAAUUUGAUCCGGAAACCAUACGGGAAUGGAAGGAUGUACUUCAAGAAGUUGGUCAAAUGAAAGGAUGGCACGUCACUGAGUUAGAUGGUCAGGGAUCAAUUGUUGAUCAAGUUCUUCAUCAAGUUGAGCUACAUUUGAGAAGUAAUUACACAUUGGUGACCGAUGAGUUAGUUGGAAUAGAUUCCCAUGUUGAAGAAGUGAUGAAGUUACUAGAUGUGGACUUCAUAUCUGGGAAAAUUGUUGGCAUUCAUGGAAUGAGCGGUAUUGGCAAAACCACUAUAGCCAAAGCGGUGUAUAAUAAAGUGUGCUCAAGAUUUGAUCGUUGUUGCUUCUUAGAAAACGUCGGAGAUACAUUAUCCAAAUAUAACGGUGCUGUAGAAUUACAGAACAAGAUGAUCUCGAGCAUUCUAAGGCAAGAACAUAAGGUUGGUAAUAGUAGUGAAGGGGUCUCAGUUAUAAAAGAUAGAGUCUGCAGGCUCAAAACUCUUAUUAUCCUUGACGAUGCAGAUGAGAGGUUCGAGUUUGAUCAAAUCCUCGGGAAAUUAUGUGAUUUUUCUUCGAAGAGUAGAUUUAUCAUCACCACUAGAAACACACGAGUUUUAAAGUUUCUUCAGGAAUAUAAAUUGUACGAACCUAGAGAAAUGAGUUAUGACAAUGCCCUGAAAUUGUUUAGCAAAUUUGCAUUUGGUGGGGUGACCCAUCCUCCAGAAGAUCAGGUUGACAUGUCGAAGGAAUUUGUGAAACUUGCAGCUGGGCUCCCUUUGGCUCUUAAGGUGUUUGGAUCUCUAUUGUUUCGUGAGCGGAAAGGGUUUUGGGAAGAAAAAUUGGCAGAAAUGAAAGCAAUACCCCCAACUAGUGAGCAGGUGCAGAAGCGAUUGAAGAUAAGUUAUGACGAGUUGACCCGCAACGAGAAGCAAAUCUUUCUUGACAUUGCUUGUUUUUUCUUGGGAGAGAAAAAAAAGUUACCUUUCUAUAUGUGGAGUAGUUGCAACAUCUAUCCCGAAAGUGGAAUCAGCACUCUCGUCCACAGAUCGUUGCUGAAAGUCGACGAGAAUAAGGGCUUUUGGAUGCAUGAUCGUAUUAGAGACCUUGGCAGGGCUAUUGUCAGGGAAGAAGAUAUCGAUCGUCGGGGCAACCGAAGCAGGAUAUGGUCCAAAGAGGAUGCCGUCGACAUUAUCCACAGUAGAGAGGGAACGGAUCGCGUGGAGAUGCUCAGGGUUGAGAUGGAAGAGGAUGCUACAUUCACAAGGAAACAACUGAAGAAACUAUCCAGAUUAAGAUAUCUUGCAGUGAGGAAUGGAGGGCUAAGUGGUGACUUGGGCGAGAUUCUUCCCAAUGUACGGUGGCUUCAACUACACUAUGAUGGCCCAAUCCCCACAAACUUCAACACCAAGGAAGUGGUGAUUCUUGAUCUGGAGAAUUGCCAUGUAGAAGACAAUUGGACAGGAUGGAAGACAGCACAUAAGCUGAAGGUGCUAAAUCUGAAGCCAUAUCAGGGCACCCUGAGUUGGAUUUCCUUGCUAACCAACCUUGCUGAGGUCAAACUAGUUGAUUGCAACAACUGCGUCACUCUGCCUCCUCUGGGAAAUUUACCAUCCCUCGAGCGGCUCGAGCUAGUCGGCUUCCCUAGUGUGAGGAAAGUCGGACCCGAGUUCUUGGGGAUCGCGACGACGAGCUCCUCCUCGUCCUCGUCCUCGUCAUCAUCAUCAACCACAUUCGCAUUCCCAAAGCUGACUCAUCUGACGAUGAACAGGUUCAGGGAAUGGAACGAAUGGGAGGAAUGGGAUUCGAACCACGAUCAUCGGGUCAUGCCCUGCAUCGCCGCGCUGUCGUUCAAUUACUGCAAGAGGUUGGCAAAGCUGCCGGACCAGCUAGUGCAGAAGAAGACUGUUUCGAGUCUGCAGAUCUUUGGCGGUGAUCUGAAUUUUGCCUACGGGGACCCUGACGAUGGGUGGAGCGGAGAAGAAUGGGGGAAAGUGAAACACAUCCCUUCCAUCUAUAUGGGGACAUGUGAUAAGUAUGAAUCUACGGUGCAUUACGACUGGUGGGAAGGGCAAGCCUACAAUGGAACCGGAUUUUGGCAGUGACGUAAAAAAAUGGUGAGCAAUUUUGCUACUAGUAAAAAAAUGCAGGUGUGUUAUGUUCAUACUAAGGCAGCAGCAGCAUUUCUUUCGGUUCUCAAGCGGAUGAAUUUCUUGUGUUUGUUCUAUUUUUUUUUUUAUUAUUAUUAUAAACGUUUGUUCUAAUUCCUGACUGAAAUAAUACCUACAAACGGUCUGCAUUUUUGUUUGACGAUAUCAUUUUUGGGAUUGUAUCUUGUUUUUUCGAAUAUAUAUCUGGUCUGCAUUUGAAAUUGGAACCUAAUUUCUCUUACGAAUUAUGAUUGACGGCUCUUUCUUCAAAGAGGGUGAAUGAUAUCAUGUAUGGGUUAGUAGCAUUUUACAAUAUUUUUGCACUUAUAAGUUAUAGGGUCUCUCACUGGCGUGGACUCAGGAUUGUUGAACAGGGGUGUCAUUUAAUGAAUGAGUAUCGCUUAU